CCAGACCAAUAGCGGCCAUGGCCGCGUGUAGUUAAACCUUACCGUACGUUGCCUGAAAGAGCAAUCAACGAAAAUAAUUGUAAGCUGACCGUUUACUCUGUUAAAUAGUGAGGUUAAUCACUAGAGAAGCUAGACCGUGUGGUUACUCAAAUUGGGUUGACGGAUCAUCUAUUUCUCUUUCUUGGUUGCGCCAUUGGUCGAUCGAAGCAAAAAAUUUGUUGCCUUCCUCAUAUUUUCUAUGUAAAUCAAGCUUCUAAUCAUCAAGUUUAUCAGGAGACGAGUGAGCCUCUUCAUCACCGAUAUUCUAACUGUCUAUCAUCAUGGCAUCUUCCUCCAUAGCUCGAAAACGGAAGUAUGAUGUGUUUCUUAGCUUUAGAGGAGAGGAUACCCGUGAUAAUUUUACUAGCCAUCUCUAUGAUGCUUUAUCUCGUAAAAAAAUCAAGACCUUCAUAGACAAUGACCUUGAAAGAGGGCAAGAAAUAGCCCCAGUCAUUUUGAGAACAAUUGAAGAAUCAAUGUUUUCUGUAAUCAUUUUCUCCAAAAAUUAUGCAUCUUCUCCAUGGUGCUUGGAUGAAAUGGUGAAAAUACUUGAGUGCAGGGAAGUUCAUGGUCAAGCAGUUUUACCAAUUUUUUAUUAUGUAGAUCCUUCCGAUGUUGAAGGUCAAAGUGGAAGUUUUGGAGAUGCAUUUAUUGAACUUGAGAAGAACUUCAAGGAUAAAAUGGAAAGGAUGCCCAAGUGGAGGGCUGACUUGAUGAAAGUUUCAAGGAUAUCUGGAUGGGAUUCCCGGGUUAUAAGGCCUGAAGCUAAACUUGUGAAAGAAGUUGUGGAACAUAUUUUGAGGAAAUUGGAUCAUGCAUUCUCAGGAGAUUUGAAGGGUCUGAUUGGAAUAGACUCGCACAUUAGACAGAUCAAAAAUUUAUUAUGCAUUGGGUUGCCAAAUGUUCGUAUUGUAGGAAUUUGGGGUAUGGCUGGCAUAGGUAAAACGACUAUUGCUAGAGCUAUUUUCAACACUAUCUCAAAUCAAUUUGAAGCUUGCACUUUUCUUGAGAAUGUAAACGAAGAAUCAAAGCAAUUUGAAGGGCUACGCCGUUUAAGAGAAAAGAUUCUUUCUGAAUUACUGGAGGAAGAAAAUCUACAUAUUGUCACUUCCAACAUAGAAUCUGUUUCCGUUAAGGAAAGGAUCCGCCACAAAAGGGUUUUGCUUGUCCUUGAUGAUUUGAAUGAUGUGGAUCAGCUGGAAGUCCUCAUUGGAGGAUGCGAUUUUGCUUUGGGAAGUAGAGUUAUAGUGACAUCUAGAGAUAGGCAAGUUCUAAAGAAUGGAGUUGAUGAAAUAUAUGAAGUUGAGGGAUUAAAUGAUGAUGAAGCUCUUCAACUGUUCAGUUCCAAUGCUUUUAAGAAAAGUUACCCCACUUUUGAUAGAUUGGAGCUAUCAAAUAGGGUGGUGAACUAUGCUCAGGGAAACCCCUUAGCUCUUAAAGUUUUGGGUUCUUUCUUAUUUGACAGAAGGAGAGAAGAUUGGGAAAACACACUGGAUAAACUUGGAAGAAUUCCUCAGCCUAAAGUUUUUCAUGUGCUGAGAACAUGUUUUGACACGCUUGAUGAUGAUGAGAAAAAUAUAUUUCUGGAUAUUGCAUGUUUUUUCAAGGGGCAACAAAUUGAUUUUGUAAGGAGAGUACUAGAUGGUUGUGGUUUCUCAGCAGGAAUUGGAAUUACUGUUCUUCUUGAUAAAUCUCUUAUUACUAUCCUAGAUAACAACCUGGGAAUGCAUAAACUGUUGCAAGAAAUGGCUCAUGAAAUUGUUCGCCAAGAAUCUGUUAAAGAGCUGGGCAAGCGCAGUAGAUUGUGGAGAGCUUGUGAUGUCUAUCAAGUCUUAACAAAAAAUCUGGGAACUGAAAAUGUUGAAGGGAUAUGGUUAGACACAUCUAAAAUUAGAGAAGUGGAUGUGAGUUCAAGAGCCUUUGUGAGGAUGAAUAAUCUUAGAUUGCUCAAAAUCUACAAUUCUAGAGUUAGAAAUAAUUGUAAACUGCACCUUCCUCAUGGCCUUGAGUUCCUUUCUGAUGAGUUGAGGUACAUCCAUUGGGAUGGAUACCCUCUGAGCUCUAUGCCAUCCAAUUUUCAGGUGGAGAACCUUGUUGAACUAAACCUGGCUUACAGCAAAGUUAAACAGCUAUGGACAGGAGUACAGAAUCUUGUGAGUUUGAAAGAUAUUAACCUUAGCAAUUCUGAGCACUUAACUACUUUCCCCGAUCUCUCACUGGCAAAGAAUCUCGAGAGAGUAAAUUUUGAGUUCUGUACUAGCUUGGUAGAAGUUCCCUCAUCUAUUCAGUUUCUAGAGAAGCUUAGUGAUUUGAAUAUGAGAUGCUGCACAUGCCUUGAGAGCUUUCCUACAGGUAUUAAUUUGAGAUCACUUAAGACUCUUUACCUUUCCGGCUGUUCAAAUCUUAGGAAGUGUCCUGAGAUAGGAAAGAACAUAGUGUAUUUAAACUUAAAUGAGACUGCAAUAGAAGAACUUCCGGAAUCAAUUGGCCAUCUCAGUGAUCUCAUAGCAUUGAAUUUGAAGGAUUGUAAACGAAUCAGGUAUCUUCCAAGAAGCAUGCGUUUGUUGAAGUCCCUUGUGAUUAUUGAUCUCUCUGGCUGCUCAAAUAUCAUUAGGUUUCCCGAUGUUGCAACACGUAUAGAAUACUUGUACUUGGGUGAAACUGCAAUAGAAGAACUUCCCUCUUCAAUUUGUUGUCUCUCAAGUCUCUCUCGUUUGGAUCUAACAAACUGCAAAAGGCUUAAGAACCUUCCUUCUACCAUUUUUAAGUUGGCAUCUCUUGAAAAUCUUAUCAUCUCUGGCUGCUCAAGUAUUACUGAGAUUCCAGAGAUGUCGAGUAAUAUAAGGAAGUUGUUUUUAGAUGGGACAUCAAUAGAAGAAAUUCCCUCAUCAAUAGAGUUUUGUUUUGAUCUUGUUGAGUUGAACCUGCAAAACUGCACAAGAUUUCGUAUUCUUCCAAGUGGUAUUUGUAGGUUGAAAUCUCUGCAAAAGCUUAAUCUCUCAGGCUGCUCCAUGUUUGAGAAUUUUCCAGAAGUUUUGGAGGUUAUGGGAUCGUUGAGGUAUCUAUAUUUAGAUGGAACAGCCAUACAAGAGUUACCUUCACCAAUUGAAAAUUUGAAAGGGCUUACCUGCUUGGAAUUAAGAAACUGCAGAAAUCUACAGGGAUUGCUGGAAGGAAUCUCUGGUGUAAAAAAUUUCAGCAGAUUACCUGAAAGGUGGGUGGAUAUUCAAUAUCUACGAAAGCUCAACGUAAAUAAUUGCAGUUUAUCGCAUGUGCCUUAUUGCAUUGGCUGCUUAUCCUCGCUAGAAGCUUUAGAUCUAAGUGGAAACCCUUUUACAUGCAUGCCUGAAAGCAUUAGUAAGCUCAUUGAGCUUCAGUACCUUGGUUUAAGAAAUUGCCAGCAGCUAAUAUCAAUACCAGAUCUUCCGCCCCAGCUUACAAAAUUAGAUGCACAUUUUUGCGUUUCGCUGAGAUCGGUAUCACUUCAUUCCAAAGGAGCCGAGGGAAACAUUUUUGAUUUCCAUUUCACUAAUUGUGACGAGUUAACUUCAGUUGCAAGGCACAACAUCAUGGCAUAUGCUCUACGAAAGAUUGAGCUAUACUCCAAAAAACUGCAUUGUCAGAUGCCUUCUGUGUUAGCUGGGGGAUCUAGCUUUUGCAUUCCUGGAAGAAAAAUUCCGAAGUGGAUUUGCCAUCAGAGUGAGGGAUUUUCAACGACAGUCCGACUGCCUUCACAGUGGAGUAAUGGUGAGUUCCUGGGUUUCAUUCUCUGUGCAGUUAUUGCAUUCAAUGACUCCAACGUUGACAACGGUUUCCAAGUGAAAUGUGAAUACCAUUUCAAAGAUGAGCAUGGUAACUGCAGUAAUCUCCAUCAUCAUAUCGGUGGCUGGUACGGUCGAAGAUAUCUCUGGAAUUACCGCGAAAUCCAAAACAGGGGAUUAUAUCCCAUGUUCUUUGGAUAUGAUCCUUGUGUGGAUGUUAAGAAAAAUACACAGUUUCCUAAAUACACACAGCUUCUGGUUGAAUUCCACCCUGAAGAUAUGGAUGGCCAUCCUUUACAUUGUUGCAAAGUUGUCAAUUGCGGGGUACGCAUAUUAUAUGCAGAAGAGGAUAGAUUAUGUCGAUGUUCUUCUCUCCAUCAACAGAUUAAGGAAGCAUUAUCCAAAACAAGGGAUGAAAAUUGCUCCUAUGAAGAUCAAAUUGUAUGGGAGAACUUUCUGGAAGACAAGAAAACCAAAGUUGUUGGGACAAGCUGCAAAAUGUACCAAUGUUUGCUCUGUGAAAGUCGCGACUUUGGGUGUUUCGAUGUGGACGAUGAACAAGAUAUUGAUACUCUUGCAUCUGAACAGGCAGCGAGCCUUAUGAGAAAUUUCAGAUUUCGUAGGCAAUUAUUCUAUGACAUAAAAAAAAUAAUAAUAAUAAAGAAGUGGAGAUAGAGAAAAAA